GGCACAGAAAGGAAAAAUAUUCUUCUUGUCUGAAGACAUUUUCAAAAACAGGUUCAGCUAAUACCAGUUAAUCAUGUUUCUUAGGCAAUCCUGUCAGCAUUUUUUGCUUGGGUGUGAUGGUCACACAACUCCUCUAACUCAUAAGCUUCUUGAGGAAAAUUUCUCUACUGUAAAGUUGGUGCAUCAUCUGCAAGAAAUCAAGACCCUGACAACAGAUUUAGAUGUUGGGUUUAUAGUGCAAGGAGAAUAGAAAAGACAAUAAAUGGCAUCCGAAGUGCAGUUUAGGGGCUUAAGCCUGCAAGCCUGUUCACAAGGAAUUUAAAUCAAUGCAAGAGCAGCAUGGGAAAGAAUUACAGUCGGGAGUUGGUCCUGAACCAUGAACAUAGUCACACAGAUACAACCAAACACAUUGGAAUAGCAAUGCACUGGAAGCCACCAGGGAAAACUAGUAUUAUUGGGGGCCACUCUUUAAACAAUAUACAGGCAUUCAUCCAAAUUAGACUGCAACACUCAGGUGCUACAAAAGCUCACUUGCACUUAAGAGUGAAAACUCCAGUAAAGCAAAUGCAGAUCCCGUUGCACUAAACGUUUUUUGUAGCAUUCAAGUCUUCGUAUCCCACAAGGGGUUCAAGCAUUAGCCUCCUGAAAGGUAGAUGAUGAAGGAGAAAAAGCAUAUUGUUUCACAAAACAGCAUCACAUCUACACACAAGAGGGGUAAUACGUACAACUUGCCCCCCACACGGAGAUUUUAAUUGAGACUCAUUCGAACUUCGCCAUUCACGGACACAUGUGCACUGGGAGAUUUGCUUCACUAGUACACCCCUUCCUGGUGCACAUACAGCUACAUUUCCACGGAUGCCUAGAUUGGGGGGAAAAGCCAUUAUUUGCACUGGCCCCCAACAAAAGAGCGCCCCACCGACUUCCGCGCACACAGGGAGCGUGGAAAGGGGAGAAACAGAUGCUCCCCCCACUUGCAGCAGCACCGCCAGGCGAGAGGAGAAGCAGCAGCAGGAGCACAAGCACACACACACAUGUCUAUAGCGACACCAUUUGUUGCACACCAGCCCAGUUCCCGCGCCCCGCACCCGCCAAACUCCGGGCGGAGAAACUUUCCGAACUUUCGCCAGUUCAGUAAGCAGGAGUGGGCGGCCGCGGGCUGCGAUUGGCUAGGCGGGCAGGAAGCUCGGCUGUGAUUGGCUCUGCUCACUCCCCCGCCUCACGAGGGUGGGGAACGUCCGCUAGUCAGCGACGAAACUUCUGUCAGCGGGUUAAAUUCAAAUCGGCAGCGAGCGGCACCGGUAGCGAGCGCGGGGCCCGCCCUGUCGCUCCGCACAGCGCUGCCAGGGCUGAGAUGCCGUCGCUGCUGCCCGGAGCCCCGUCGAUGACCCUGCGCAGCCCGGCUGGCCAGGAGCAGUGAGGGAGCCCGAGCGCCGGCGGGAAAUGGGGUCGGAAGAGAAGGAAAAUCAUUCUUCUAAGCCACAACAAAACGUAUUGAAAACUCCUCUGAAACAGGCAGCUACCUCACAUUCAGUAUUAACGGAGAUCCAGCCUGAUUCUGGACUUCUAACAACACCCCCAAAGUCUAAGGAAGUUCCUCACGGAGACCCAUGGACACCAACUGCUAAUCUUAAAAUAUUGAUCAGCGCUGCUAGUCCUGAGAUUCGAAACAGAGAACAAAAAAAGGGACUUUCUGACAGAAGUGAAACUGUAGAGACAAAACACUGUUUGCAUGAGCAUUUAUCAGGAGAUGAAUAUGAAAGAUCUCAACCGAGCCGUAAAGAGAAAAGUCUAGGAUUAUUGUGUCACAGAUUUUUAGCUCGAUAUCCUAAUUAUCCCAGCAUUGCUGAGAAUAGUGAUAUUUGCCUUGAUGAAGUAGCAGAAGAGCUUAAUGUUGAACGUAGACGCAUAUAUGAUAUUGUAAAUGUGCUAGAGAGUCUGCAUAUGGUGAGCCGCCUUGCCAAAAACAGAUACGCUUGGUAUGGACGUCAUAAUCUCAACAGAACGCUGCAGACUUUGAAAAAAGUUGGCGAAGAGAACAAAUACACACAACAAAUUGAGAUGAUCAAGAAGCGAGAGUAUGAUUUUGAGUUAGACAAUGAUAAAAAUGAGGAGAUGGCGACCAAACUUGUUGGCCCAAAUGAACAUUCAGAAAUGUGUUUUGUUGAACUUCCAGGGAUGGAAUUUCGAGCAGCUUCAGUAAACAGCAGGAAAGACAAAUCUUUACGAGUGAUGAGUCAGAAAUUUGUGAUGCUAUUUCUUGUAUCAACUCCUCAAAUAGUGAGCCUUGAAGUUGCUGCUAGAAUUUUGAUUGGAGAGGACCAUGUAGAAGAUUUAGAUAAAAGCAAGUUUAAAACCAAAAUUAGGAGACUAUACGACAUAGCUAAUGUUCUCAGUAGUCUAGAGCUUAUCAAGAAGGUUCAUGUUAAAGAGGAGAGAGGCCGAAAGCCAGCAUUCAAAUGGACAGGACCAGAGGUUUUACCAGAUACUCAGGAUACAAAACCUUUAACUACUACCACUUCAUUAGUUCCAUCUAAUUCUGCAAAAUCUAAAUCUCCCAAAGAGCAGUGUUCAAAAAAUCUCUUCCCUUUGAGAGGCAAGCAAAACUUCACUCGGCAUCCAUCGCUAAUAAAGCUAGUAAAGACUAUCGAAAGUGACCGGAGGAAGAUCCAUUCUGCUCCAAGCAGCCCCAGCAAGACAAGCACACAUAAUGACCAAAAAUCAUCCCUGCCAAGUAAAAUGGCUCAGCUUGCAGCAAUUUGUAAACCACAGAUAGAAGAACAAUCAAGGGAAUUAAAGAUGAAAUUGACAAGAUCACCCUUAGAAUGUAAAUUGAGCUCUAGUGAUGAAUCUCUUCUGAAAUGUGAACCUAACACUACAUCAUCCUGUCAAAAUCCAUCUCUUGUUCAGCCACUGGGUGUCCUGCCUCUUAUCCACAAUUCAGUUUCUCCAGUAAUGCUACCUCAAACCCAUUCUGCUAUUUCAUAUGCUAUAUAUUUGCAUCCUUCCCAAGCUCAGACUGUGACAACAUAUAGCCCAAGUUUUACAUUACAGUCUGUGCCCUGUCCCAAUGUGACUAGAACUAAAAGUGUUUUGGAUGGUAAUUCAAAAAUACCGCUUAGCCAAAUGACCACUGGACAGGGGGACAGUAAUGCAAGUGAAGUUAGCGUGGCAAACUUGAUGGCUAAAGAGACACAAGUUACAAAAAUUGAGUUUACACCAGAGAAGUGCCUUAAAAGAUCUCAAGCAUUACAGGAGAACAGUUCAAUUAAGAAAUGUAAAAGUGAUGAGAAAAGUCUUGAAGAUGUUUAUACAGGACAUUCUGUUAAGGGUGAAAGAACAUCUUCUAGUACACUGCACUUGAAGCCUGAAAUAAGUAAUUUCCAAGAGGAAAACCAGCACAAAUCUGAAAAACUAGAUCAAAAUGUGGAAUGUUGCUUUGAUCAUGAAAGGAAAGGUCUUUCAGAAGAUAAAAGCAGAAGCAGUACUACACAAGAGAUGCCUGUUGCAUUUGCUGUUUCUACUCAUGAGACCUUGUUUUCUUCAGGGUAUCUUAUUCCUCUUGCUCAGUGCUCACAAAAUAGCAAUGAGGCCAUUUUUUCUAACAAGGAAAACUCUGGGAUAUGUUCGCUGCCACAUGUGACCUACAGUUCACCUAUUGCUGGUGUUAUUCCAGUGACAGCUUCCGAAUUUACAGCUGUUAAUAUUCCUGCUUUUCAUGUCACACCCUUGAAGUUAAUGGUACCACCAUCUUCUAUAGCUGCUGCACCUGUAGUAAAUAGCUCAUGUCUUAAUUCAAGCCAUAGUAAUCCUGUCCAAAACCCAAGCUCUUCAAUUCUGAACUUUACUCUACAACAUUUAGGGCUCAUACCUGCUGGUAUGCAAGUUUCUCCAAAUCCUGUACUUCAACCAGUGCCAAUCUCUCCAAAACAAGAAUCUGUUAGUCCUGUUUCAGAGAAUGCU